CCAAACUCUUCUUCUUCUGCUGCUGAAGCAUGGAUGUUCAGUCCUUGCUUUCUGUAACUGUAUCACUCCCUCUCUAUUUAUCUAUAGGAUGCAGUUAUAUGUUGAAAGAAUUUAAUAACAUUUAAAUGAAUAAAUACUACUAUUGCCGCUGCUAUUACUACUACCGAUGAUGGUGUGAUUGGUAUGUGAGUUCUGCAAUUCCUAUUAGUAUGAACUUGGCACUUGAGACUAUAUCCCAUUCAUUAUAAAUUUUGCAAUUUUUUUUUCUGCUGUAAGUUGCCUUGGAUAGGCAUUGCCUAGAAAGGUGAUGUAGAAGUAUUUUUUAAUAAAUAAAUAAAUAAAAUGCAAACAGUGAAGGAGAAAAAUGUUUGCACCAAUGGCUGACAGAAAAGGGGAAGAAUAAACAGUAGACUUUAAAACUAGAAUUCCCUGACCCUUUGCCUAAGGAUGUUGUGACCCUUCUCUUUUGUUUGCUAUCUUUAUAGGAACAAACUCAGAAAGUACUUUUGUGGCACAGAAAUGCCUGAUGCAGCGCACUCUGCAGCAGUUAACUGGUAUAGUAUAUAAUCAUUUGCUAUUUGGAAGUUUAAUAAAAUAACAGUAAUUGGAAGGGCCGAGCUGAAUUUAUUAGGAUCAUUUUCUGCAGUGUUAAAAAAGCACUCAUGUUUUUCCACAACUUCAUUGGCAUUGCUUCCAAAAAUGUUUGUUUCAUUCUUGUUGCCCUUUCUUGCUAUCAGUGACACAAUCACAUGACCGUAUCUGACUAUUUUGCAUUGUGACAUCAUCCUGUUUACUAUACGGUGAUUGGCUGGUGUCAUGCAUGUGACCAGUCUGGGAAGCAGAAGGAAGGGAUAAUCAGAGUUGAGAAACAAUGUGUCAAAACAGUGGUGAGAAACAAUGGUGCCAAACAGGAUACAAAAGGUGACUAUUUGCCCAAGCAAAUUAUUUAAAAAAUAUCCCCAAGCAUUUCCCCUAUGAUCUACUGCUUUCGGCCUGGAGAAUAUGGAGAAUAUUCGGCACAGCCCAACUAAUUUUCUAUAUCUUAUAAAAUAAAAUAUAUCAAUAGAAACAUGCCAAAAUAAUUUUGAAUUACAUUCCUAGCUAUUAUAAAGGGCCCUUGCCUCAUCAAGUUAUCUUCUUCAUAUAGUUUUAAUAGGAUGUGAUUUAAGUUUUAUAACUUGACGUUCUUCUCAACCUGGAAUUCUUCAGAGAUACUUUCACUAAACUGCUCAUUUCCUCCACAUGAUUUUGUCUUUUUCAUCCUUCGGUGAUUGGCAUUUUAGGUUUAUUUGAAUUUUGCUGCAAUAUAUCAUUGAUGGUCUGUGGGUUGCUGGAGAAGUGAAUUGGAGUGGGUUACUGUUGCAUCUUUUGGCAACUCCAGUUGCGACAGAUUUAAAGAGAUACAAAGCAAUGCUACUUCCUCUGUUACCUGUAUCCUUUACGCAACAGCAGCAAAGAGUUGAGCUGCUAACAGCCUUUGGAAACAGCAAUCGAAAUCCCACACUUCCACACUUGCAUGCGACACUUAGAUAACACAGGAAUGGGGGCACAGCAGAUCUUCCAUACAUUCAAUAUUCAGGUUAGAAACAGGAUCAUCAGUUCAAAACUUGGGGCAAUGCUGUUGAAAGAAGCAUUCCCUCACUCUCAGGUCUGAUUGGUUGCCUAGCCCUGUGAUAUCCUUAUGUGUACUGUGUGGUUCUCUAUCGAUUGGAAUCACUGGUCCCAAGAAGAAGACCCAGCUGAAUGAACAUGGCACUGAAGCAGAAGCCUAUCAGGAAAUGUGGUGUGUGCAUGUGUGUGAGCUCAGUGAAUACUGCGGCCCCGAAGCAUUGCAUUCAAUCCCAUAUUGGAACAAGUGAACAUUGGCACAUCCCUAACAUGAAUUGCAAUCCCAAGAAAGAUAGAGGAUCUGAAAACUGUUCUGAGCAGUAUUUUCUAUACCCAGAUAGUCCACUUCAAGAAGGGUGAUUCCUUGAGAAUUUGGUGGAAUUGUCUUAUGGAUUUGCUAGUAAAUGCUCUCACCAUGCCUGGGUAAGAGACUUAUUUAAAUUGAAGCUUGUAUCCAGUGGCUUGUAUCCUCCUAUGGUGCUGGAGGAGACUCUUGAGAGUCCCAUGGAUUGCAAGAUCAAACCUAUCCAUUCUGAAGGAAAUCAGCCCUGAGUGCUCACUGGAAGGACAGAUCGUGAAGCUGAGGCUCCAAUACUUUGGCCACCUCAUGAGAAGAGAAGACUCCCUGGAAAAGACCCUGAUGUUGGGAAAGAUGGAGGGCACUAGGAGAAGGGGACGACAGAGGACAAGAUGGUUGGGCAGUGUUCUCGAAGCUAUGAACAUGGGUUGGCCAAACUGCGGGAGGCAGUGGAAGACAGGAGUGCCUGGCGUGCUCUGGUCCAUGGGGUCACAAAGAGUCAGACACGACUAAACGACUAAACAACAACAUCCAGUGGCAGGCUGGGGUAGUGGAAUAGGGCAGAGCCACCCCGUAUUGAUUCCUACAACAAUCUCCUCAGUGUAUUUAAUGCUUCUUCUGGUCACACACACUUGGGUAGCAAGAGCUGCAUCUGUAAACAUGAAGGUUUUUCUGACUGUUUACAUUUGACAAUUCUCUCUCUUCUGGCUAGGAAGGUAAAGCUGUCACUGCUACUCCUCUGUGCAUCAGUGCCUGAAUUUUGACAGUUUGGUUGGGAAUGUUGUGCUUUCUGUGAAGGAUUUUAAGAGUCACUUUUGACAUGCUCUUUCUGUUGCUCAUUUUGGUUUCGACGGCUUUGCUAUCGCUCUGCGAUGGAAGGGAAUGCAAAUGUAAUAUUGCACAAACACGUACCCACACAUGCUUGAAGCAACUGAUAAAUGGUCCGAUGUAAAUGCAUAGAAAUGUAAAACUGCUAUUAAUAGUUUCAGGUAGGUAGCCGUGUUGGUCUGACACAGUCGAAAUAAAUAAAUAAUAAUAAUAAUAAUAAUAAAGUCCAGUAGCACCUUAGAGACCAACUAAGUUUGUUCUGGGUAUAAGCUUUUGUGUGCAUGCACACUUCUUCAGAUACUUCUUCAGUGUAUCUGAAGAAGUGUACAUGCUAUUCACAGUGUGCAGGAAGAAUAGUCCUAACAAUAAGGGGCCUGUUUGUGGUUUAGUGGGUUGGAUGUUGGAUUUUGGCUUGGAAAGCUUUGAGUCAAACCUCUGCACAACCACAUACAUGCUGGGUGGCCCAUUUCUGUGUCUCAGUUGCUCUCAUGUAAAAAGUAAUAGUCAUAAACAGGGUGACUGGGAUGAAGAGGGAGAGAUUGUAAAGGAUUCUCCACAUUUAAAAUGGUACAGGAAUGCGUAUUAAUAAUAAUGGUCUGCAUACACUCCACAGAAUGCUGUACAAUGAGGAGACGCCUUUUAUGGAUGGCAGAUCACCGCUCUCCUCACUGCUAGGGCUCAGGCUGCAUGCCAUGAUUUAUCAGGACCACCUCUAUCUUGGCUGACUCUUUGCUUCUGCACACAGAGUAACUACUAUUAUAAACAAAUGGAUCUGCUUGGUAGGUGCACAAGCCAAAGGCACAAAUCCCUUCAAUGAAUAAAAAAGCAAUGAUCUCACUGUGUUUAUGACAUGGCUGUAUAAUUAUUAUGAAGGAUUUUUAAAAAGUAAAUAGAUGCUUUGUGAUAUUGUCCAUUGCAAUCCAGUUGCCCUCCUCGUUGUUUUGGUGCACACCAUCCCGAUCUUCUCUUAUUUAAUUUCCCUCUGCAUGUGUAUUUAUUUUCACAGACAGUUAGGCGUCACAGUAUGAGUAUGAGGCCAAAAGAUUCAAUGGACCUGUCUCCCCUUUUGUUUCACACUCUUACUUCUGUAUCUCACAAUGCCAUCUUAAUAUUGUCUACUCAGAAGAAUGUCUCAUGGAGUUUAAUGGGGCUUACUCUCUGGUUUGACAGAUGAAAAAGUGAAGGCCUAUCUUUCUCUCCAUCCCCAGGUACUGGAUGAAUUUGUGUCAGAAAGUGUAAGUGCUGAAACAGUGGAAAAAUGGCUGAGAAGGAAACACAACACAGAGGAAGGUAAUAUCUCAGUAACUUUUGGAAUCAUUCUCCUGAUGUUUGGGCUUCUGGAAUUGUAUUUCCAUACAUUUUUGAACAAGCAGAAGUAGAGAUAGAAUCAUAGAAUUGUAGAGUUGGAAGGUACCCCAAGGGUCAUCUAGUCCAACCCCCUGCAAUGCAGGAAACUCAGCUAAAGCACCCAUGACAGAUGACCACCCAACCUCUGCUCAAAAACCUCCAAGGAAGGAGAGUAAGUAUGUCUUCUUCUCCUUUCUGAGAAGUUAUUUUGACUUACAAGCACAGCCAUACAUCAGCUGAGUUGGGCUUCCUUUUUGCCUCUAAUGGGCAAAGGCAGGAGUAGUUAUUACAAGGAGAUAGGCUGCCCCCUCUUCAGUUUUUUGCUCUUGCCUCGACAAAGCAGUCACAUUGCCUUUGGCUCUUCUUAUUUUGUCAUCUUGGGUUAGCUUAUUCUUUCUCACUUCACUCUUUAACCCUAUUAUUAUUAUUAUUAUUAUUAUUAUUAUUAUUAUUAUUAUUUCUUUAAAAAGAAAAGAAGUUCUAGAUCUUUCUCCCCCUUUCCUGUUUCCCCACUUCAGAAGAGGGAGAAGCAGGCAGCUUGCCUGGGGCAUUUACUCCCCUGGCUACAAUUUUUAUCUGAUUUCACCGAUCGUGGCUUUGGGCUGAGCUUGGCAGCAGCUAGGAUGCUAGAAAGCUUCCUGGAAGCUCUUCAAGUGGCUGUGACAGUGCUUGCCCCCACCCUGGAAAUCAGAGCAGCCCUUUGCAGCUUUGGUUACAGAUGGCAUCCCUUUGGUACCAGAGGAUUCUUACAGAAACAACUAUGCUUGUCAAGACCCCCCCGACCCCCCCUUGCAAUCCAUGAUAGAAAGGGUUUCCAAAGGGUUUCCUGCCAAGGCCCAGAUGGGCCCAGUGCUCCUGAGCAGGCGAGAUCAGGCUUUUGGGACCCACUGCUUCCUUGCAGCAGUUGUGUGUGGUGACCCUCUAUUCCCUCAUAAGUCUCUGUCCUCCCUUAAAGGGUAAGAUGGCCUCUUUGGGCUCACAGCAAGCCCUGAUGGGGCCUGAUGAGCAGUCCCAUAAGGCUUCACGAAACACCAAGCAGCCUACUGCCAGUGCAGUGCAGCAGCAGUUUAGGUGGGAAUAGCAGGACAAGUGGGCCCAUCAUUCUAGAGACAAGGUAAGACCAGUUACCCUUGUUCUCCCUGCUGUUUCCCGGCCACGGCAUGUCCAGCUCAGUGCCCCAGAGGAAACUAGCCCAGCACAGGUUGUGACAUAGGCUUCCUCUGAGGAGGAAUUCAUGGGCUUUGAGGAUCAUCCUUCUGCUCACCCUCCACUUCAACGCAAGCCCAGAGAUCUUCCUCUCUCUACCCGAGUCAAGAUUAAAGCUGAUGCCAAACUAUUGAUAUUGUCCAAGAGGAUGGACAUCAUGUUGUUAGCCCAUAUCCUGGCUCUAUGCUUGUCAGCCUCACAAUUCACUUCACAGGCUCAGUUGCACAUGGGACCAGUUGCUUCAGUGGUUCCUCUUACCACACCAAUGGUUGAUUAUCCACAGCAAUCAUCUCUAUGUUCCAAUCCCUCCACAUUUAUAAGAGAGCAUGCACUGGUGGACCAGGGAGGCCAACCUUUGGAAAGGUUUGGCUAUCAAAGAACCAUAACAUCAGAUACCAAGCCUACAAGCCUGGGGAGCACAUGGCGAGGGACAGUUAGUCUCAGUGGACUGGACAGCCACCAAAUUCCAACACAGCAUCAAGUGGCUCAAACUCUGCAGCACAACUAGGCAUUCAGUACUUCUGCUGUGGGUGCCUGCCCCAUGUCUUGAUUAGAACAGACAACAUGAGUGUGCAAUUCUAGAUAAACAGAGAAGGAGGGACCAAAACAGAUCUGCAACAAGUGACUACCUUGUUCCUGUUCUGGGCAGAGAAGCAUCUCUUUAGCGUCUUUCUGAAACACAUCUCUGAUACAUCCAACACACAGGUCAAUUGUCUGAGUUGCACCAGGCUGGAUCCAGGGGAAUGGAUACUACACAACUUGGUGUUCAGACACCUUCAGUGAACCCUGGGCCCAUUCAAUGUAGACCUCCCAUACUACUACUAGAGGUUCCAGGACCCAGGAGCAGAGGCCUGGGACAUUCUGAUAUAACCAUGGCUUCUUGGAUUCCAUUAUGCUUUAUGCUUGGAUUAUGCUUGGAUUCCAUUAUGCCUCUUGGAUUCAAUUAUGCUUGAGAGUCCCAUGGACUGCAAGAAGAUCAAACCUAUCCAUUCUGAAGGAAAUCAGCCCUGAGUGCUCACUGGAAGGACAGAUCCUGAAGCUGAGGCUCCAAUACUUUGGCCACCUCAUGAGAAGAGAAGACUCCCUGGAAAAGACCCUGAUGCUGGGAAAGAUGGAGGGCACAAGGAGAAGGGGACGACAGAGGAUGAGAUGGUUGGACAGUGUUCUCGAAGCUAUGAACAUGAGUUUGACCAAACUGCGGGAGGCAGUGCAAGACAGGAGUGCCUGGCAUGCUAUGGUCCAUGGCAGGCUUCCUCAAACUCAACCCUCCAGAUGUUUUUGGCCUACAACUUCCAUGAUCCCUAGCUAGCAGGACAAGUGGUCAGGGAUGAUGGGAAUUGUAGUCUUAAAACAUCUGGAGGGCCAAGUUUGAGGAAGUCUGGUCCAUGGGGUCACGAAGAGUCAGACACAACAACAAUGCUUUUCCUCCGGUGGUGAUCCUACCAAGAAUUCUGUGCAAGAUUUGGGAACAGGCACAACUAGUCCUAGUGGUGCUCCUAUUGGGCCCGGUGUCCUUGUUUCUUUGAGUGUCUAGUUCUGACAGUGAUCACUGCAUGGAUACUCCCAAUCUUACCAGACCUCAUAUCCCAGGGACCAGUAUUCCAUCCAGAUCCCUCUUUAGAGUUGCAUUCUUUUUCUUCUCUCUCUCUCUCUCUCUCUCUCUCUCUCUCUCUCUCUCUCUCUCUCUCUCUGUGUGUGUGUGUGUGUGUGUGUGUGUGUGCGCGCGCACGUGCAUAUAUUUCAGAGAAAUAUAGAAAGGCUUUAGUGUGGGAUCACAUUGCCUAAUGCUAAGGUUGCAAGAUUUUUUUGUAAGAAAAGGUGAAAUAAUACUGGGAUGCAAUAAAAACAUUCUGUAAUUUAAUAUAUUAUUCACUACAGUCAAUGUGAUCUCUGUACUUGCUUGCCAAGACCGUUGAUUUCUGUUUUCAUUUUAUUGACAUUUGCUCUUAAAUUUUGAUACAAGAACUUCAUUACAAAGUGGGGGUGGUAGGAGCCUCUUGGACUUUCAAAGGUGACUCAUCCGUCUGCAUGAGACAGCCUCUCUUCUUCAAGGCUGCUUUCUCUCUGCAGAGGUGAGCACACCUCUAUUUUCAUAGAACAAAGCACUGUGAUGAAACAGCCUCAGAAGAUCCCUUGAGGGAAUUCAGCACUGAAUGUUGAGCGGAGCAGCCUGCAGGAGCAAAGCAGGCAUGGCACAAAGUAACAAUUUGGGUUGUCCUGUAUAUAGAGUCUCUCCUUGCUCCUAAACAUUUUAAGGGACAGCUGGAUCCCCAGGGUCUCUUCCAACUCAAUGAUUCUGUUCUGUUCUGUUCUGUUCUGUUCUGUUCUGUCUUGUCCUAUCCUAUCCUAUCCUAUCCUAUCCUAUCCUAUCCUAUCAUGAAUCUUUACUCCACAGCAUUCAUCCCUUUGCCCCCACUCCUUUCCCACUCUUUAGUGCUAAAUGAGAGCAAACCUCAAUCUGGAGAGAACAUGAAUUGCCAUUUGCUCUGAUUGAGCACUAAAGAGUGGUUUUCCCUGGGGGGAAAGCAGCAGGACAAGAGGAAGUGUGGAUAAGCCCUCAGGAAAAGGUAGAGUAUUACCGUAUUCAAAACAGAUUUGUUCAAAUAUCCUGAAGAAAUAAAGGAAUGUAUGUUCUUGUCAUUUUUCCAGUGCUCAUGUUUGUCCAGAGGACAUUUGAACAUUUACUCAGUGUCAUAUUUUUCAGUCCCUAGAGUACAGUACAUAAAAUAUGUCUUUAGUACAAAUGUACGUAUGUUGUAGUUACAGUAGGGUUCCUUCGGAGAGAAUGAAAUAGUUCCCUUGACGUAAAUCUGUUCUACAUUGGAUUCCUACUCUCUCCCAUGUGGUAACCUAUCAUUUCUGCUGCUAAUGAUCCCCUUACCCUUGUUGACGUUAGCAGACAAUUCCCAAGGGGUAUUUCCUUUUGUUUCUCUUGUCAGCUGAUCUGAAAAGAGGGAACUGUUCAGUCUUGACUUUUCUGCAGAUGUUGAGGAUUGCAUUGCAAAGUUCAGCAAAAGUCUGUUUGUUUUCAAUAUACUCAAGAACAUAGAAACCAAGUGAGCCAGUGAGACAAUAUAUUUUAUAUUCUGUGACAGAUUAACAUUAGGAGGAGAGAAGUUACAGGAAUUUACCGCUACUCUCGUUGUUGUUAUCAUGCAGGAUUAUUGUUACAAGGUUAUUUUGUUUUGGCUUUUUUCAUAUAAAGGGACCUCAACGCAUACAGGUGAAAAAAAAAACAUCAGUCAGAACAUCACAUUGAUUAGUGAGGGGCAAAUGACAAGGAAAAGCAACCAUUUGCAUUCAGCUUGAAAUCUUUCCAAACAUUGUACAGUAUAGCGAAGACAAAACACAGAGACGGAUACAAUGUGUUCUUAUGUGACUGAGCCAAACCUGUAGACUUUGGCUGGUCUGUAAAACACCAGUUAUUAGCAACUGGAAACUCCCCUAGGUAUUGCCCCAUCCCAUAAGCAUGUCCUCAGUUUUAAAUUUCAUAAUUCUAUAUAUAUGUGGUGGAUUAGUAAUCUGGCAGGCAGGGAUUAGAAGGGACUGGCAGGGCUCCGAAGAGUGUGUGGCAGAGACGGGAACAGUGGAGUGAGCCAGGAGAAGAGGGGCCCAGUGAUUUAUGGGGUGUCACACCACCUGCAAGGCAGGAGCCAGGGAAGGAGCGAGAGUCAGGGCAUUUGGAGGCGGAGGAAGGUGCCCAGGAUGUGGCAGAGGAAGAAGGGAUGGCUCUGGUGAUUCUCCACCUUCACCCAUCCCACUAUCUCCUAGAACCCGGAGGGGCUUGAAAAGGGAAGAGCAGCGAUGACUUCCAUGCAGGAGAAGUCUCAGGCUGUGGGCAUGCAACCUGUCAGAGGAAGGUAUAUAAGCCAGGGGAGGGGAGGGGCCCCACUGUUGCUGCAUCUGCUCCAUAGGACCAGACAGUGCCUAGAGGCUAAAAGCAUGUGUAUACAGAGCACUGAGGAAGCUGCUGUAAGGGUUUCUCUUACCAAUAAAGAGUUAAUUAUCAGACAUGUGUCUUCCUUCUCUGGACCAGUUGGUGCAGUGUUGCUAGAGAAAGCUCAAGCAAACUUCUCAGCACUAUUCCAUCAAUACGUUUCAUGUGUCUUGAUUAAGGCAUAAGGUAAAGAGCCAGACCACCCCUAGCCUGGUGCUCAUGGUAGCCUAGGCAGAAGGUGGGCAGGGAAGAAAAUGCCCCUUCACUGUGCCAGUUCCCAGAAUGGGGCAGCAAAGAAGUCUGGAUCAGACCCACUGCUGUCAUAUGAUGGCAGCAUGCUCUCUCCCAAAAUGCCUCAUACCAGGUUUCCUAUGCCUCCUGCUGGUGGGGCUGCAGCUUCUGGUAACUUCCACUUGCCCAUUGUUUGGCUGGGUGCACCAGGGAAGAAUGCCAUGGAAAUUUGUGGUUCAGAUUUCACACCAUCUUAUCAGUGCCUUUAGUAGCAUUGAGGUGCCAUAAGAUGGACAUGAGCCCCAAGUGGACAUGAGCCCUGUAGAUUCAGGGAGCAUAGAAGUGUGACUUUUUUCCUUGUGCAAGCUGCAAGCUGCUAAUAUGAGGCAUAUAUUAAUAUGUUGAAUAGAUUUGAAUUCUUAAAACUUGCCAAAAUUAAGUAUUCUAUUGAAGAUAAGGAUGUGGAAUAAAACAAUUCUAAAUAUAUUGUGAUGUAAUAGACACUGAAAGCAGCAGUAGGAUUAUUUAACGUUGGGAUUUUUUUUUUUUGAAAAUUAAAAUUAUCCCAGAACUUUCCAGGAGCAUCUAAUUGUUUGCAUCCUUUUCUUACAGAUGUUUCAACUCCUAAGCAUAUCAGCAGGUACCAGAAUCCUGAUCUCCAAGCAGUGGUAUAUGACCUGAACCGCUUUAUAGAGCAGCGGACGGAUCUAGGAGGGCACAAUCAACUGCUCUUAUAUGAAUUGAGUAGCAUCAUUCGAAUGGCUACAAAUGCUGAUGGAUUUGCACUGUAUUUCCUGGGUGAAUGCAAUAAUAGCCUCCUUGUGUUCACGCCACCAGGAGUGAAGGAUGGACAACCGCAUCUUGUUCCUGUGGGACCCAUUAUGUUUGGCACCACAGUAUCUGCAUAUGUAGCCAAAUCUAGAAAAACAUUAUUAGUAGAAGAUAUUUUGGGGGAUGAGCGGUUUCCCAAAGGUACUGGAUUGGAAUCAGGAACUCGCAUCAAGUCUGUGCUUUGUUUGCCAAUAGUUACUACACUUGGUGACUUGAUUGGUAUCCUGGAGCUUUAUCGACACUGGGGCAAUGACACCUUCCUCCUCAGCCAUCAGGAGGUUGCAACAGCGAAUCUUGCAUGGGCUUCUGUAGCAAUACACCAAGUAGAGGUAUCGAAGGGCCUCGCUAAGCAGACUGAAUUGAAUGACUUCCUGCUUGACGUUUCAAAAACCUAUUUUGAUAACAUUGUCGCAAUAGAUGCUCUACUUGAAAAUAUCAUGAUAUAUGCAAAAAACUUGGUGAAUGCAGAUCGCUGUGCACUCUUCCAGGUAGAUCAGAAGAACAAUGAAUUGUAUUCAGAUUUAUUUGAUAUUGGGGAGGAACAUGAAGGAAAACCUGUCUUCAAGAAGACCAAAGAAAUAAGAUUUUCUAUUGAAAAAGGAAUAGCUGGUCAGGUAGCCAGAACAGGUGAAAUUCUCAACAUUCCUGAUGCCUAUGCAGAUCCACGUUUUAACAGGGAGGUAGAUCUCUACACAGGCUACACCACCAGGAAUAUUUUAUGCAUGCCUAUUGUGAGCCGAGGAAGUGUAAUAGGUGUCGUACAGAUGGUGAACAAACUAAGUGGAAGUGCCUUCUCUAAAACUGAUGAGAACAACUUUAAAAUGUUUGCAGUCUUUUGUGCUUUAGCCUUACACUGUGCUAAUAUGUACCACAAAGUUCGCCAUUCAGAGUGUAUCUACCGUGUUACUAUGGAGAAGCUUUCCUAUCACAGUGUUUGUACAGCAGAAGAAUGGAAAAACCUCAUGGACCGCAGACUCCCACCACAACUCUGCAAAGAAGUAGAACAAUUCCACUUUGAUAUCACUCCUUAUGAAGAUUUCUGGGCAUCCAUUUUUAUCUAUAUGAUCCAUCAGUGUUGUGGGUCAGGCUGGCGCAGAAAUGCAGUCAGAAAGGAAGACAGGUUGAAAAAAGAAGAGUCCAGUCUUUUGCUGUCAGCCUUGAGCCUUUAUGUGGAAUCUGAUAUUUUGGAGGAAGGUUUUGAACUAGAAAAACUAUGUCGAUUCACGCUGUCUGUAAAGAAGAAUUACCGCCGUGUGCCCUAUCACAACUGGAAGCAUGCAGUUACAGUUGCGCAUUGCAUGUAUGCUGUUCUUAAGAAUAACCACAGGCUUUUCACAGACGUAGAACGAAGAGGACUUAUGGUUGCAUGUUUAUGUCAUGACCUGGAUCACAGGGGUUAUAGCAACAGCUACCUUCAGAAGUUUGAUCACCCAUUGGCAGCUCUUUAUUCUACUUCAACAAUGGAGCAGCACCAUUUUUCACAGACAGUAUCAAUAUUGCAGCUGGACGGCCACAAUAUCUUCUCUAAUUUGAGCUCUAGUGAGUAUGAGCAGGUGCUGGAAAUAAUCCGCAAAGCCAUCAUUGCUACAGACCUUGCUCUGUACUUUGGAAACAGGAAAUAUUUGGAAGAGUUGCACCAGUCAAGAUCACUAAAUCUUAAAAAUCAAGCACAUAGGGACCGUGUGAUUGGGCUGAUGAUGACAGCUUGUGACUUAUGUUCUGUGACAAAAUUGUGGCAUGUUACCAGAACGACAGCCAGCGAUAUAUAUGCGGAAUUUUGGGCGGAGGGUGAUGAAAUGAAGAAGUUAGGUAUUCAACCUAUUCCUAUGAUGGACAGAGACAAGAAAGAUGAAAUUCCUCAGGGCCAAAUUGGGUUCUUCAAUGCCGUAGCCUUGCCCUGCUAUAACACCCUCUCACAGAUCCUCCCUACCACCCUGCCACUACUUCGAGCUUGCAAGGAAAAUCUUAAACAAUGGGAAAAAGUGAUACGAGGAGAAGAAGCAUAUGGAUGGAUACCAACACAGUCAAAUAACCCUUCGACAGAGGGGCUACCUGUGGAGGUUACAGACUGAUUCACAUUUUAAAAUUUCUUUGAGACUCCCACCACCUUUUAAGGCUUUUAAAAGGAUAAACACUGCAAAUUCUAACUGGGAAGACUUGUGCACUUUUCUUUGCUGAUCCAGUGUGUACAGAGAGACUGACGGACAACUCAACUAUUUCAGAAUCAGCUAUCAAAGCAAAUGUUUGGCUUGUAAAUAUAAGACUGCCUUUUUCUCAUGAGCUACUUUGCUGAGGCCUUAAUUUAAUUUUUUGGGGCAAGGAAGGCAAAUCUUGGGUGUUGCUUUUGAAUUUUGUCUUUGUAGCAGAGAUUUUCAGUGGUACUUACAACACCAUACUGUGGCUGGCUUUAAUGCCAGUUUCACUUGGGGAGUUCUUGGCUAUACAUAGGACAUUUCCACAUUGUUAUUGUAAAUGCUUAUGUUUCAUCUCUGUGCAAUCCACUCAGACGCUACCAGAAAAUAUCUGGGACUGAAACUAUCUUGGAGUUUACAGUACUUGAAUUAAUCUUGCUACAAAUGUGUGUGGGGGGGGGGAUUUGACAUCCAGAUAGAAGACUCCAGAAUUUAUUCUGUUUACAUCAUGGAACACUGCUCUAGUGCAAACAUGUUAAGCAUUUGAAUGGUAUAAUCAGUGCUAUUUUUCAAGAAAAGGAGGUGCCAGAACUCACCAUGAACACCUCCCAUGUUCUCUUAUGAUGGUAAUGGGGCCCACUUGAGAGGUGCCGGAACUGGGUUCCUGUGUGUUCCCUGAAAAAAAGCCCUGGGUAUGACCUAUAGUUCUUCAAAGUGAUUUCAUUAGCUGCAAUAUGUGCCCAUUUUUACACUGGAAAUAAUAGAAUAUGUGCCUCUGAUAUGUAGAGAUGUAGUUGUCCUAUAAGGUAUCAAGAGGCCUUCCUGUCAACGUUAGUAAGAGUAAUGGGCUUAAAUUGGCAACAGAAAUCUGCCAGGUAUUUAAACUGGUCAAUUUUUAUUUUAGCAAGUAUUAGAGACAAGUCUCCAAAUCCCAACUAAUCCACAAAAAACAGGACCUUCCAGACAAAAGUCGUGUUUAUCAGAAGUUUUCAUGGUACCAUGAAACAGUAAAUGAAACUAGGUUUUGUGUUGCUCAUUAGUACUGUGCGCAUUCUGUCCUGCCCUUCCAUUUGAAUUCCCAAACAACUGAGAGCUUUUUAAAACACACACACACCUUCUUUAGUAUUGUAAGCAGGUUGCCUUCUUAACCAGAGAGUGAUUUGGAAACCAUUGCACUUGAAUACUGUGAAUGAAGGUCUGUACUAACUUGGGCCCCUAUUCUGCAAAUAAUUACAUUAUGUGAAAUCAGUGUAUACUUCUUUGCAGAAUUGAGUUUCAGACCUGGUGCAAACAUUUUAACCUUAAUAGGCAUGUAGGAUGUUUAAAUAAGCCAUUGAGUUUAAUCCUCGCUCCUCUGACCUCAGUAAGUUCUGUUGUUAACUUGAAUGAAUUUGGAGCUAGUAUAGCCUUUUCUUUUCCUUUUGUCUCACACUGUUCUCUCAAAUCUCCCAAGUGUGUAGAGUCUAUGAGUCAUGAGGGAGCAAGAUUGCACUUUCCUAUGGGCCUGGCUGCCAUUUAUGUACUGAAUGUAACAUUUAAACAACACUACAUAAAAUGUCUACCACGUAUAGGCCCGAUCUGCACAAAUCACAUGCUGUGUGUGUAGUGCGCGUGUGACUGUGGGAUGGCUAUGUCCAUUUUGGCCUGCUUACUUUUGUGGCCAUGUGCACUACUGCAAUGCAAGCCUUGUAGGGAUGGCCAACAGGAAAUGCAGCUCUCAAGAGUCACCGCCCCUGAUUUAAAACGUGCAUGUGAAGAAGUUGUAGGGGACACUUUACUGAGGCUUUUUCUAUUGCUACUUAGAUGUAUCCUCAACAGUGUGACAAUGAAAUGAAAGGUACUGUGAUAAUAUCUUUAUGCAGGUUGAUAUCUAUAAGAUGGUCUAAUAACCCUGAAAAGAACUGGUGUGCCAAGUUCAUUACUUGACAAUAGAAUCACAUGCCAUAAUUCUCAAAGUACUUUUGUUGUUGUUGCUGUUGCUGCUGCAAAACUUUAAAUAUAGCACAAUCAUUAAGAGUGAACCCUUGCUAUUAUGGAGGACUGUUAGAAGCAGACUUCAAUCUCGCCAAUGCCAUGUGCAGAAUAAACUACUCUUUUUACAGUUCACAUCCAUAGAUCCUAUGGUAGAUUUGCGGCAAUGUUGCUUUAGUAUAACAUCUGUUAGUUUAUCUGACUAAUAGACAGUGCUGACUUUUUCAUUGUUCAACAUUUUGUACAGACUGAACUGUCAGUACAUUGUUCACAAUGCUACAUUAGCCCAAAAUAUUUAUCUCCCCCCCUUUUUUUCAACCAAAUGGGUCUCCAAAAAGAUUCGCAUUAAGUUAUAAUUCAGCAAAUACUGUUACAAGUUUGUAUGAAAAUGUGCACUAUCUGGUCAGAAAUAUAAUUGCAGAAAAUUGUUUGAGCCUUUGUCUUACACAAAACAUUUAGAUUUAAAUCUGUGCUUUGGCAGGUCUUUUUAAAGAUCCAGCUUGUUGAAUGGAUCCAGUUGACUUCACGGCCCUAAGGGUAAAGGUCUUCUGCUGAUUCACUUCAAUCAUUCCUAUAGUCAUAUAUGGGCAUUGCUGCCCAGCAGAACCGAGUCCCUAGUAAAGAACAUAACCUAGUAUGAUCAGAUUUUGUUCAUUCGGACAACUGCAUGUAUGUGUCUAUGUAUGUCUUAUAUAUUUUUCCUGAUUAAUGCAAAGCGUUCCUAUGCACAAUAUGCAUGCACGCACACACCCUAGAAAAAUAACAGUUAGUAAUGCAAGAAACAGUUCCAGAUAUGUGGUUGUUGUUUUCUUAAUUGCCAAAUAUUCAGACUUCAGGCUGGUUCACACUGUAGUGGCAAUGGUACGUAUGGUGCAACUUGAUACCUAUGCACCCGGUGACCAUGUUGGGAGUUCUUUGGUAUGUGUGGGCAACCUAUUUUCAUAAUGAUGGCUCACAUUUGAAGGGGGCACGCGGUUAUUGGUUUGUUUUUGUUCAUGUCUAUUAUGUGUUUUGUGUUUUUUUUAUCCUUUAUUUUUAAGUUGUGAACUGCCCUGAGAUCUAUGGAUGAAGAGCAGUAAACAAAUUUAAUAAAUUAUUAUUAUUAUUAUUAUUAUUAUUAUUAUUAUUAUUAUUGAAAUAGGUUGCACUCACGUCCACAGUGAUUCCAUGGAUGGCAGAAUCACAGGCUGCCUGCAGAUGAUGAGCAGAUGCACUUUACUCUUGUCUGUCAUUGGACACUGACAUU